CGAGCGCAGCCGGUGCGUCCGGCCUGCCUGAGGGUGCCCCGGCCGCUGCGGGGAGAACCGGGGCAGGUGACGCCGCGGGCGGGGGCAAAGUUACAGCGCAGCCUCCCGCGCUCCUGCGCCCCGGCAAGGUCUCUGUCCUCCUCGCGGGUCGGCGACCUCUUCCGACCCCGCUCCCGUUCCGGCCUCACUUCCCUCCCCUCCGCCUCCUCCCCUUUCUUCUCCCUUCCCUCCGCCGAGCCGCUACUUUCGUCUCCGCCGCUCCCGCCUCCCUCCCCUCCCCGGCGCGGGGCCGAGCCCUCGGGGGCGCGCGGCGGGCGCGGGCGGCUCAGUGCCGGGGUUCCCAGCGGCAGCAGCCAAUCUUUGCGCAGCCCGCGGCAGCGUCGCGCCCGAGUCCGGACCCCGCGGCUCCUCCCGCCCCCGCCCCCCGCGCGCCCGCCGGGGCCGCGGAGAGGAGCGCGCGGCCGCGCCGAGCCCAGCGGAGCCGAGCCGGGGGCGCAGAGCGCGGGAGGCGGCGGCGGCGGCGUGGAGCCCAGGGAGAGGGUGAUGGAAGGAAGGUUCUCCAACAUCAGUUGGAGGUGAGCUUCCUGGAACAAGGUUUUCGAGACUCCCUUAAUGCCGCUCCCACCUGCUCCUCCACGAGAAUCCUAGCUUCCGUCUUAGCCCAUCGCCUCCCAGAUCACCUCACAGGUGGCACCGCUGUCGGAUGGGAGUGCCCGGGCACGUGUGUGUCGCAUGAGGUCGACACAUGCACCAUGUCAUCAUGCGUCUCUAGCCAGCCCAGUAGCGACCGGGCCGCCCCCCAGGAUGAGCUGGGGGGCGGGAGCGGCAGCAGCAACAGCAGCGAAGGCCAGAAGCCCUGUGAAGCCCUGCGGGGCCUCUCGUCCCUGAGCAUCCAUCUGGGCAUGGAGUCCUUCAUCGUGGUCACUGAGUGCGAGCCGGCCUGCGCUGUGGACGUCGGCCUGGCCCGGGACCGGCCCCUGGAGGCCCCUGGUGGAGAGGUCCCCCUCGACGUCUCCGGGUCCCAGGCCCGGCCCCACCUCUCCAGUCGCAAGCUCUCUCUGCAGGAGCGGUCCCUGCUGGAUGCGAAUGGGCGCUGCGUCUACCCGGCCCUGACCCUCUCGCCCCUGGGCUCUCCGCAGUCCUCGCCGCGGCUGCCCCGGAGGCCCACGGUGGAGUCGCACCACGUCUCCAUCACCGGGAUGCAGGAUUGUGUACAGCUGAAUCAGUACACACUGAAGGACGAAAUUGGAAAGGGCUCCUAUGGCGUGGUCAAGCUGGCCUACAAUGAAAAUGACAAUACCUACUACGCAAUGAAGGUGCUGUCCAAAAAGAAACUGAUCCGACAGGCGGGCUUUCCACGUCGCCCCCCUCCGCGAGGGACCCGGCCAGCCCCCAGGGGCUGCAUCCAGCCCAGGGGCCCCAUUGAACAGGUGUACCAGGAAAUUGCCAUCCUCAAGAAGCUGGACCACCCCAACGUGGUGAAGCUGGUGGAGGUCCUGGACGACCCCAAUGAGGACCAUCUGUACAUGGUGUUUGAACUGGUCAACCAAGGGCCUGUGAUGGAAGUGCCCACCCUCAAACCACUCUCUGAAGACCAGGCCCGUUUCUAUUUCCAGGAUCUGAUCAAAGGCAUCGAGUACUUACACUACCAGAAGAUCAUCCACCGGGACAUCAAACCUUCCAACCUGCUGGUUGGAGAAGAUGGGCACGUCAAGAUUGCGGACUUUGGCGUGAGCAACGAGUUCAAGGGCAGCGACGCCCUCCUCUCUAACACCGUGGGCACUCCCGCCUUCAUGGCGCCCGAGUCGCUCUCGGAGACCCGGAAGAUCUUCUCUGGGAAGGCACUGGAUGUUUGGGCCAUGGGUGUGACGCUGUACUGCUUUGUGUUUGGCCAGUGCCCAUUCAUGGAUGAGCGGAUCAUGUGUUUACACAGUAAGAUCAAGAGUCAGGCCCUGGAAUUUCCAGAUCAGCCUGACAUAGCCGAGGACUUGAAGGACCUGAUCACCCGCAUGUUGGACAAGAACCCCGAGUCGAGGAUCGUGGUACCUGAGGUCAAGCUGCACCCCUGGGUCACGAGGCACGGGGCGGAGCCGCUGCCAUCGGAGGAUGAGAACUGCACGCUGGUCGAGGUGACAGAAGAGGAGGUGGAGAAUUCGGUCAAACACAUACCCAGCCUGGCAACCGUGAUCCUGGUGAAGACCAUGAUACGAAAACGCUCCUUCGGGAACCCGUUUGAGGGCAGCCGGCGGGAGGAGCGCUCGCUGUCAGCGCCUGGAAACCUGCUCUUCAAAAAACCAACCAGGGAGUGUGAGCCCCUGUCUGAGCCCAAGGAAGCAAGGCAGCGAAGACAGCCUCCGGGGCCCCGACCCGCCUCCCGUAAGGGAGGAGGAAGCGCUCUUGUGAAAGGCGGCCCAGGGGUGGAGAGUCGGGGGGCCCUGGCCCCCGGCUCCGGCAAGCGGACGCAUCCUCCGCGGCCGGACGAGGUGAUGGAGUAGCUGCCGGACCUCGACCUCGCAUGCACGUCUCACCUCCGCGGGCCGCGCCCUGCGUUUCCAUAGCAGCAUGUCCUACGGAAACCGAACCGUGUGUAGAGCCAUGACCAUCAUCUCUGGUUAUUGUUGUUAUUGUUGUUUUUCCCAUUUGUUUGAUUUCUUUAUUGUUUUAAAGGAGACAAAAAAAAAAAAAAAAAAGACGACUCCAUGACAUCGACCUUGGCCGCUGGCUGGCUGAAUGGGAGGGUGUGAGGAGUUGCAGACCCAAAGCCACAUACAUUUGGGGACAAUUGCUUUUUAAAAUGUUUUUAUGCCAAAAAUCCUUCCUUGUGAACUCAGAAUCAUGUCAGAUAUACCAAGUGAACGUGUGUGGAGUUUGAAAAUCGGGGAAAACUGGCAGGAAACUCUGGUGGUGUGGUCUGAGACCACACUCUCUGCAUUUGAAAGGGAGGGGAAGAGUGGGUGUGACUUCGUGCAAAACCCCAAGCCCCGAACUGUGGCACCUUCUAGAACUGUGGACUCAAGGAGUCAGGACAGGGGUAGCCCUCAGUAGCUGCAGGGAGCUUCGAUGCAACUUAUUCCUGAGAAGGACUUAAAAAUUUUUUUUAUGAGUAGAGUUGUAGUCAGGAAAACGGAAAGGGCUUGACACUUAACAGCUUCACAGGGCGUAUUUUCCAGCCUCAGAGGGGCAUUCAGUGGUUGUGGUGGGACAUCUCCCCUAAAGGACUGAACAAGUGUGUUUCUUUAUGACAGCCGCUCAAAGCUGAAACUUUUCUUCAGUAGUUGAGGGAGCUCUGGUAAAUCUCUUGUUAAAUUACAAAAACUUCAGGGUGAAAUCCUACACUUCCAUGUACAUUACAUGGCUUAAGAGUAAACAACAACAAAAAAUACUUUCAAUUUUCUAACCAGUCUGAACUCUAGAGCAGUUCAGAAAUCAUUUCGAGCUUCCAGGAUCUCUCCAAUGGCUUCAGGGAUGUGGUCGGAGUUAGAGCCAAUGAAAUCUAUGCCUGUAUAUUAGCAGCUCCCCUUGUUUAUAACCUGUGUAUUCUAGAGGCUGCUAAGGUUCUGUUUUCUUCUUAAAUACUAGCUGAUUGUUGUAGUCAGUGAAACACCUAUCCAGUUUCUGGAGGGCCAGUUAAGAAAUACUUUCAUUCAGCUGAGACGCAAACGAUCAUCCUUACUGGCAAAGCUCUGUUUGGAUCUAUACAAUAACUUUAGGGCACCCUUUAAGAGAAGAUUAUUGAAACCUAGAGCAGUCCUCAGGUCCAAGGGAGCCAGGGCUUGGUACAGGGAGUUCCUUUUUGUAGCCACAAGUCCAGAAAGAAAAAGUUUACCUUUUUGACUUCCAACCAACCUUGGGAAGUUUGGUUGCAGUUCAAGCGGACUUCUUCCAGAGCCACACAUAGGUGAGUGUGAAGUUCAAGAGCGAGGAAAAUUGGAAGGACUUUGUCUUCCUUCCUUCUUUGGAAUUCCCAGUGCUCUGUGGAAUCUGGCUUGGGGGAAACAGUGUCAGUAAUUGGGCUCAGAAGGACAUGCCUUCCUGUAGCUUCUGGCUGAUCAGUGCUGGUACGAGGACUUUUUGCAGAGAGACAGAGAAGCAGGCCUCGUUCCCCCCGUCCAGCGCGUUCACAGAGCCCGGGUGUUCUUGGCUUCCAUGGGCCUUCACAAGCUCCUGACGGUCGUUUAGCCAGACUUUUCUUGCCACCUUAAAAGCAGUACCGAGUUCGAGAAUGCUGGUUUCCAAGAGCAAAGGACACCCAUCUGCUGGAGGGCCCUCUGGCCUGCUUGCUUUCUUUCUGUAAUCUGGUACUUCCUCUCACCUCCUGUGCUUGUUUAAAUUUACAGGCUCCAGCCUUCCUGGGAGCAAACAGGGUCUGGUUAGUUUGCAGUAAGCACCUUGCAGUGGUUCAGGUCAACCGGUCCUUAGUCUUAGUCCUAGCCUGCCUGUUUGGACUCUGGCCUGGCCGAGUGGCUCGCCCAGGGAGGGCGGGCAGCAUGCAGAGCCUCUGCAGAACUCCUCCUGUGUUUACACAACUGCAUCGGGCGACGCCAUUUCUCCCGCCACGAAACUCUCCGUCUAAGGGUUCACGUGUGGAACGCCAGCAAUCAGGCAGCACUGAGCUAUGUAGGCGGGUGGGUUCGGGGAGGCCCACAUUCAUUCCUUUUUUUUUUUUUUUUUACACUUAAGAAACACCAAAGAAUGCUGUGGAAAGGAACCACCCCACUGAGAAAAGUAUAAGCAGAGAGGGCUGUAACAUAAAGCAUUAGAGCUACUUGGAGCUCAAACUCUUGGGGUUUGUCUCCACUCCUAAAGCACAAACGUUGAUUUUUUUCAAAAGCCGGCUCUGUCAGGAAAGGGCAGAAGCUUUUCCAGGUGAGCAAAAAGGAUGCCUAUCCGUCUCUUCCAUUACUGGCUCAUCUGUGGGACCAGUUUGGUGUAAGCAGGCGGUGGCCUGCACCUGUGGCUUUGAAGCAGCACAUGUUCUCUACCCAUCUUUCUUCUGUCCUGUUCCACUUCCCCAUCUAUUCCGCAGCCUGGCCAGUGGCUCCCAUAAAGCCUUAUCUAGUCCCUUGUUGGCACUUGGGGCCCGAGAGGCCAUCUCCCCUCUGGUCUGGGCUUUUCCGUGAGUUAGGGCUCCCCUCCUCAAAGCCUUUCAGGACAAGGAGGGGAAAGCUGUGCAUUUAGACACAGGCUCCACCUGUCGCUCUCACCCAUCUUCCAAAGGGGAGCUUCACGUUGCCAGGGGAAAGAACCAAGACCUCCACUCACUUCCAAGGUGCUAGGGAAGGUUUCAAGGUCGUUGAGUCCCAUCUUCUCUCCAGCUUUACGGGCCGAGUUUCGUGGGACUGCUGACUUUUCUAUCCUGUGAUUGAUUUCAUGCCCGAUGCUUCUGUUUUAUUCCUGAUCCUUUCUACUAUGCAUUUUCCUUUUAUCAGGUGUACAAAGUUAAAUACUGUGUAUUUAUCACUAAAAAGUACAUGAACUUAAGAGAAAAAUAAGCCUUCGGUGUUUUUCCACAAAUGUUUAAGCUUCUCUGUAAACUUGAAAUAAACAGACAGCAACAUGGUGCAAA